ACCCCCGGAAGCAGUUACGUCAUGGUGAGAUGUCUCAGCGCCGCUUGUGACUUGCGAAAUGGAGAUAGGAGGUGUUCUGAAAAACAAGCCUCUGUGUUUGAGGAUUCUGGACUUCAAUAGAACCAAAACCUCUUCGAGUAGGACUCUAUAGACCAGAACCGGGAAAUACUUCAACCAGAGCGGAUACACACCUCAGGAGAUGCAGUGCCCGAUAGGAUGAUCAGCACUCAAGAAGAAGAUGAUUUUGUGGCAGUGCGGGUCCAAGAUCCCCGCAUUCAAAAUGAAGGCUCCUGGAAUUCAUACGUGGAUUAUAAAAUAUUCCUACAUACCAACAGUAAAGCCUUCACAGCCAAGACGUCCUGCGUGCGUCGGCGCUACAGCGAGUUCGCUUGGCUCCGGAAGAAGCUCCAGAAGAACGCUGGUUUGGUACCCGUCCCAGACCUUCCAGGAAAGUCUUUCUUCUCCUUCAGCAACGAGGACUUCUUGGAGGGGAGACGGAAAGGACUUCAGGUCUUCUUGGACAAAGUCGUGCACAUGACAGUAUGUCUGUCGGACAGCCAGCUCCACCUCUUCCUGCAGACUCAGCUGCCGGUCGGUCACAUCCAGGACUGCGUGCAGGGACACACUCCGUACUCUGUGAUGGACGCCAUCCUCACCUACGCUUCGUCCAAUCGGGGCUUCGCUCAGGCUCAGGAGGAGGACUCCAUCAAGGAGCCAAGUCUGACUGUUUCGUACGAGUCCAUGGAGAGCCCAGCUCCUCAUCAGCCUUGUCCACAAACAGAGGACACCUUCAUCCCUGAGCUUCUCUCCUGCGGCGAGUCCGACCCUCUCGAAGGUUUACCGGAGCCCUGCGACGAGGACUCAGCCGAGUCACGGCACAAAGACAAACCCUCCAUAACGGUCCUCCAGAAGGACAACCACCUGGAGGCCGUUGUUGAGGACUGCGACCCAGAAGAGGCGAGCUUCUUUCUGGGUGACAGCCCGCCUGAGAGCCUCAGCCUCUCAGAACAAAGCCAACCAAGAAGCUGUCUCAUACAGACACCGGUGGAGGUGCACUCGCCCAUGGGGACCGGCUUUGAGGAUGAGGGUGUUGUGACUUUACAUACGGAGGAAAAGACUGUCCCAGAGGAGGAGGAUCAAGAGAGUCCUGUUGAGGUAGAAAAGGUGAACUGUGAGCCUGAGGAACAUGUGGAUCCUGAUGUUGUUUUAGAUGUUAAGGACAGUGAAGCUGACUCUCAGGAGGGUGAUGUGACUUUAAAUACUGAAGAAAAGACUGUCACAGAGGAGAGGGAGGAUCAAGAGGAGGGUCCUGUUGAGGUGAACUGUGAGCCAGAGGAACAUGUGGAUCCUGAUGUUGUUUUAGAUGUUAAGGACAGUGAAGCUGAAUCUCAGGAGGGUGAUGUGACUUUAAAUACUGAAGAAAAGACUGUCACAGAGGAGAGGGAGGAUCAAGAGGAGGGUCCUGUUGAGGUGAACUGUGAGCCUGAGGAACAUGUGGAUCCUGAUGUUGUUUUAGAUGUUAAGGACAGUGAAGCUGAAUCUCAGGAGGGUGUUGUGGAAGACGUCUGCGUGAAGAAGCAGGAAUUAGAAAAUCAAAUAAUCUGUGAGGACAAUGCUUUAGAGCCUGUUGUUGGUGCUGAGGGUCAAGCUGCUGAUUUAAGUGACGUGGAGGAUUUAAGGAGCUCUGACGGGCCCGACAAAGACGAAUCAGAGAGCCGGGAAGAAACACAUGAGCCAGAAAUCCAUGAAGACACUCCUGGUGAGCAGACGGAGCAAGACUCCCAACAAAUGGAGGAAUCAGAGAGCAAAGAGGAGCUGGAAAUCCACGAGGAGACUCCUGAUGAGCAGAAUGUGCAAUCUGAACAAACGGACCAAGAGCAUGGCGAACAGAGGGUGGGUUCAGUCGGGACCAAAGACGAGAGCGACGAGGAAAACCGCUCGCUGCCGUCGUCCAACGGCAGCAUCGUCAAAGUCAGCGACGAGGAAAGCGUCUGCGACGAAGCCGAGGAAGCGAACAGCUACAUGAAGACGCUCCCCGAGAACUGGUCAGAGGAAGAGCUGACGAGCGGACACAUCCUGGACCUCCACAUCAACGGAUGUCCCGUGGAGAAAGAGGACAUCUCCACGCAGGAGCUGCAGUACACGACGGACAUCAGUGACUUUAGUAAAUCUGUGACGGGAGGAGACUUGACUGAACACAGUGACUUCAGCGUGAUCGAGACCAGCUGCUCGCCCGUGUUGGCGGAGAGUAAUAAGUGUGUGGAGCAGGAAGUCCUGGAUGUGUCCGAGGAGGCUCAGGAGGUGGAGGUGGAGGUGCACAGCUGAGUCACUGAGUCCGGUCUGUUAGGUCACCUUUAGGGCAUCACAUUUCUCCUCACACACAAGUCACUCUAACUUAUUCUUUUAUAAUGUAUAUUUAAUUUUAAAAAACAUCUUCAUUUACACUCAGGUACACUAAGUUCUGCCACUGUUUACUGUGCGUGGCUGUAAUGGCGCUUACUGACCAGCAGAGGGCGCACAUGCAUUAAAGAGGUUCAGUAUGUGUUUAGAAGGAGGUAAAGAUGACUUUGUAACACCUGAGAGGCUGAUCCUGACAGAAGUACACAUUUCUGUUAACACUAACAUGCUCAUAGAUACUUCUAAAGGAGGUUUCUGUCUCUUUCUGCUCAUACAGUCGAGAUAUUCCUUCUUAAUGUGAUCAAAUAAGACUCAGGUUGAGCGAAAACACAAGUUAAUUCAGAUUACAUCAUCAAAAACUCUCUAUAAUACAAGAGAAAGAAACAUAUCUGUGAUAGAAGAGUCUUUAUUGGAAGAAAGGCGGUUAAUUUGAAGCCUCAUUUUCUCCCGUCAGCCAUUAAAAAAUGUUGAAUUAUUCAGAAUACGAGGCUAAAGACAAAUUCUUUGUCUUAUUUCACCAGUUUGGCUCUUUGUUUUGUUUCUGCUCUGAGCUUUAAAGGCUGCAGACGUUCAAGUUUGACCACAGACAGACUUUCAGAAACAGUUUGAAUGCGUACGAGCAUGAGAGGAAUGUUUUCAGAUUUGUUUUAGUCGCUGAAACGUGUCGCAGAGAUCCUAAUGUGAAACCCGGACGACUUCCUGUUAAAUUCUGUGACUGAUAGUUUCAUUUUAACACUGAUUACAGUCGCUAACUCAAGAGGAAGAUUUACACCACAUAAUAUAAUAAUUCCUGUUAUAUCUUCUCCUCUUUCACUGGAUUACUUUAAAAGAACAAACUACCUUAAAGAAAACCUGGUUUACAUACACUAAGAGAAACCUCUGUGGAAUCAGACCUGAUCAAACGAUGGCAGAGCUCGUUCAGCUCAUGUUUGCACACUAACGCCCCCUCCUCUCUUCUUCUCCACACAACCUGAGUUUAUUCAUUUCUUUGUCAGACUGCUGCAGCUGACUGUGAUUUCAUGCUUUUAAAAAGGGACCCAGGGUUUACUGCAGACAGAGACGAGCCUCGUCAGUCCUCCUGUGUUACGUUGGUUUCAUUAAACACUGUACAUGAGUUGUUUUAUUAAUCUUCAGAUGUGAAGCCCCCCCCCCAGCUGUGAAGGUGACCUCUAUUUUAUAACAUGGAUCUACAAGGGCAGAGAUAACAACCUGAGUGACUGUGUCCGAGUAAACACAAAAACUAUGAUGUAACUUUUAUUUGAAAUAAAUAGAUUCUUUUCUCUUUUAA